AUGUCUCCAAACAUGACGUGUGAUGCCCCGGCAUCCUUUUGUCAGAGGCCCACCGUGGCCGAAAAGAAAGAAGCUCUCGAGCUCAGGAAGACGAUGAAACCUUUGUUGGAAAAAAGAAGGCGCGCUCGGAUUAAUGACAGCCUGAAGCACUUGAAAGAGCUGAUUCUUCCUUUCACCAGCAAUGAUAAGAAUCGUUACUCCAAGUUGGAGAAAGCAGACAUCCUGGAAAUGACUGUGAGGUUCCUCGGUGAUCCACCCUGUGUCCAAAAUAAAAAUUCCCCGGACACUUACAAGGAGGGCUACAAAGCUUGCCUCCAGCGCGUCUCUGCGCUCCUUCCCAAAAUUGGCCUGGAGCGGGACGCGUCCCGGCAAGUCGCGAACUUCAUCGAGCGUUCCGUGGCCUCCGCGACCACCCGGCGCUGCCUUAGCUGCUGCACGCAGAGCUCCGCGGCUUUCCCGCACAUCCAGGAGAGGCUCCUGAGCCUGAAAUCCAGUUUGGGCCACAGACUCAAAAGCGGGACGUCCCCAGUCAGUGCUCAGUCAGCUUCGCAGCGCGACAGCGUCACCGUGUGGAGACCUUGGUAG